AUGAAUGGCAUGGACGACAACGAAGACGAGACCGACCUCUUCGACGACGAUGGCUUUGACAGCCUCUCAGAAACCGCUCUCCAAGAGCUCGAGCACAAUGCUAUACUGUCAACGCAGGCCCAGGUUCAGGGUUUGGACGCUCAACCCCUACCGGAGCAGAGGCUACCUCCGAUACCGCAACCUAGGACAACAGUGGCACAAGCAAUACCCAAUACCCGUCGCCUGAUCUCCAACCCUGCCUUUCACAGAUAUCUCACGGAAGAAGAUGAUAGCUUCGAACUAAUAGGCGAUGAGGGUGUGCCUACUCCGGUCGAGGAAUAUGAUUCUUUUCCUUUUCGACGAGCACAAAUGAGCGAGACCGCUCAGAGAGAACAGUUUCGACAACAACGUCACGGUCAAGCCCAUGAUGGCAAUAUUCACCGUCCUCUCGUCCACAAGGACUACCAGCGCCAGGCUGGCUCGUUGCAACUGGAGCGAGGCAAUGGCUCGUUGCAAGGCAUCCCAGCCAGGCCUGAUGAGAUGAUGCUGGAUACACCUCUCCAGCAAAGUGGACACGCUGAGCAGGAAGAUGAACAAGAAGACGUCCAGUACCGCCUGAAGAAACUACAGCAGGAACGGGAUGAACUCGCGCAGGAGCUUCGAGCAGCAAACGACGCAGUGACCCUGCAGAAGGGCGAGAUUUUCAUUGUCCGGGCCAAAUUGGAAGAGGAGAGCAGAGGCUACAGCCGACAGCUUGGCGCCCUCAAGAAGUCUAUGGAAGAGCAGUUAGCCAAACAUACGGCGCAGCUAUAUGCGCUGACCGAGAAGAACAACAACCUGACGACUCAGUACAAUUUCCUGCAGCAGGAGCAUAACCAGGAAGUUCAGGAAAGCAAAGCAUUGAGACAGCGCCUAAGGGACAGGCCCCAAGCCGACAGAGAGGCGAGUCCUAUCGCGACGCCCAGACGCGGGGCGGCAAACUCGCUUCGAGACGGCUUCAAUGAUGGCGAUAUCAUGCUCGUAUCGCCCUCGAAAUCUGCUCGACGCUCCAAGCCACCAACCCCGUCCGCGGCGAACAAAAGAAAACGAAAAGCUGCAGAGGCAAGUCCCAUCAAGCCUCUGUCUUUGCGAUUGACGCGUCAAGGUCAGAAUGACAUGCCACCUCAACCUGUGCAAAUUGUCGAGCCCGUGGUCCCCGUCGUUCGAAAGGACAAACGGGCUGAGCGGCAUCUCAAAUUCCUACAGUCUAUCCUCAAAUACAAGCUCAACGACACCAAAGAGCCCCUGGUUGAAGCCCUUGUCAAGUUCACAUUGCCCUCGAGUCCGGCCAAGACGUUCUCUGCCAUUAUUUUGGGAGGCACUGCUCAGCUUACCGGCAGCCGUCUCCCCAGUGACGUCCUCCAACUCUUUGUCGACCUGUGGUCCAAGUGCAUAAAAGAGCAAUACUACAAGCCAAUCAGCCUAUUCCUGGAAGUUGUCAACUACAUUGUCGACCUCGAGAUGUCCGUCCUCGACGCCGACCUCAUCACCUCUCUAAGCCCCGUCCUCCAAUCCUCCAUCACCAUCAAUGCAAAGAACCGCUUCGAACACUCCCCUGUCUACCACGCGACGUAUGGCAAAUUCCGACAGACGCCACAAUCCAUUCUAAAUCGGGAUGUCAACGGCACACACUGUUUAGAGCUCAUGCUCACCGUAGCAUACACCGUGUCCGACGACCCGAAGCUACUCUCAUUGUUCUGGCGCCAGAUGAACCCAGAAUUUGUCCUCAUGAUGCUCAAUGCCUGGCAGCCCAUUUCAGACAUCACGCUCAUGCUUCGCCUCCUUUCGACCAGUAUCUUCCCCUCGACCUUUGGAAGCAUCUGCACUGACGAUCAACAAACCCAAGUCGAGCAUUGGACUCUGAGCCGCAUAUGCUACCUCCUGUGGGAAACACCGCGUGUCGACGAAGGUCUACCUCCCAACACGGCCGCUCAACUCUGCCAGCUCCGGCUGGAGGUUAUGGAUUUGCUGACCAAGAUGGCGAUCACUUCCUCGCCGCACCCCCAUGAUGACCCAUCUCAUCACGGCAGUUUGCUGCUCGCGAACGACGCCCAUGCCAUUGGCCGUCUGGUGAGAAGCCUCUACGAUGAAGUUUCGGCCAUGUACGAGCUCCACCCAACCACCCAUCACCUGCACGCCGAGAUGGUCAACAAAGGCGUCUCUCUCUUGUACCACAUCCUUCAGGUCCAUGGCAGCUCCAUCAAUCUUCAAGAGAAACUGUCGGCGAUCAACGGCGGCGUGCACAAACACCGCAUUGUGCUCACGCGGCUGGCCUUCUCGGAAGGGUUCGUGAUCGACCGGCUUAUGAGCGACGAGACGGUGGCGAUGGCGACGCAGAUGCUAGAGGAGAGCGUCACACCUGACGAGGCAGAUGACCUUGUGGAAUGCUUUCCGGGUUUCAAGGGGCGAGGUUCUCGUGUAGAGGAGAACUGA